AUGAGGAGACUGCAACAGACAGUCAGGACUGCUGAGAGGAUCAUUGGUGCCCCCCUGCCCCCCCUCCAGGACCUGUACUUCUCCAGAGUGAGGAAAAGGGCAGGAAAAGUCCUCAUGGAUCCCUCCCACCCAGGUCAUCACCUCUUUGACCUGCUACCCUCCGGCCGGCGCUUCAGGUCUCUGAGCACCAGAACAUCCCAGAACCGGAGCAGCUUCUUCCCUCAGGCCAGAUCCCUGAACAGACCUGACAACUCAGAUUUCCAAACCUGGGACCUGCUGACCGGCAUCAUCACCGAUUACAAGUUUGUGAGCUUCAGGUAUCGCGGCCGCUUUAGCGAAGUCGCUCAGUGCAGAAUGAUGGAUACCAAAGACACCAUGGCCAUCAAGAUAUUCAAUAAGAGGACCAGUGACUCACGGCGGCCCAGCAGAGAGCUGGCCGUUCUGAGAAAGCUCAGAUGUGUUGAUCCCAUCCACGUUGUUCGCUUCUACGAGCGCCUUCAACACAAAGGACACACUUGUCUAGUUUUUGAAAUGCUGGACAAGAGUCUUGAUGAGCUGCUGAGGGAGAGACAUAGAGAACCUCUCUCACUUCAUGUCAUCAGAUCCAUUACACAGCAGCUGCUCUCUGCACUCAACUCUCUGAAGACUGCUGGCAUCAUUCACACCAACAUCAAACCUCAUAAUGUGAUGUUGGUGAAGCAGGAAGACCUGCAGCCCAUCAGAGUAAAGCUCACUGGCUUUGGCUCAGCCAUCCAAGCUGCUGAAGUCAAGCGCAGCUCCAUCAUGCAGCCUGUUGGAUACAUGUCUCCUGAUGUCAUUCUGGGCCUUCCCAUCUCCCCGGCAGUAGACAUGUGGUCUGUGGGUGCUGUUCUGACCACCAUGUACCUCGGCAGCCCGCUGUUCCCUCAGAGGUGUCAGUAUCACCUGAUGAAAACUCUGGUGAAGACUCUUGGUCAGCCGGAGGAUGAGCUGCUGAGUGAAGGCACCAACACUCUGCUCUACUUUAACUCCACAGAGCACACAUGGACACUCAAGACACCUGAUGAGUACAACGCCAUGACCGGCUUCCUGCCUCACAUUCUGUCUGACUCAACCAGGUUCAACAGUCUGUCUGAGCUGGUGGAGCUGUAUCCAGAUGUGGACACUUCUGACAAGAUGCCGUUUGUCAGUCUCCUGAGGAAGAUGCUGCAUCUGAAUCCUCAGAAACGAAUCUCACCAACUGAUGCUCUGAAGCACUCGUUUGUGACCCGCAGCAAAGAGGACAACAGUGACUGCAGCUCUCAUGACAUGGUCUCAGUUUCCUCUGUGAGCAUCUCUUCGGUGGCAAAAUCAGCAAAGGAAGGCGGCACCUCAGCAAACCUCAACAAACACUCAGCUGCCAGCCGCUCAGGUGUUGAAAAUGUACCUGCUGUCUGCUGUAAAGAUAAAGCUUCAGCUGGAGCUGCUGCUUUGGCCAAUGCUGAUGCUGGCAGAAAUGACACCGUUCCAGCUGUUGCUGAGGCUUCAGAGACAUCUGCCUUGUUGGAAAAUGGGACAACUUCUGCAGGAGAACAUCCAAAAGCAGAUGUCAAUGAGGCUGCACUCGCCUUGGCUUCAACCACAAUCGUUUCGACUGACCUGAAUGACGCUGUUCCAGCUGAUCAAGAUCCAGUUGAAGCGUCCACUGCUGCUGAACUUUUUGCUGAAGUGAUGGCUGAAGCUCAUGAGACCAAAAAGGCUCUGAGGAAGCUUCUGAAAAGAGUCCGAAAG